GCCUGCUCACUUUUCUCGCUUGAUUGCCACAUUUUCGAACCUUCGCCGGUACGAUCAAGCAGGGAAACACCAAAUCAUGAUCAUGGCUUCUAUUGGGUUUAAAGCUGUGUUCCUAACAUCCUCAAGAGCUCUCCUUGGGGCUCAAAGCCUACACAAGACUCUACCACUCAGCUAUGCUGGAUUUUCUACGAGUUCUUCAAGAGAUGCUAUUAAAAAUGUCACGGUGUUUGGAGGAGGCCUUAUGGGGGCAGGCAUAGCACAGGUUGCAGCCGCUACAGAUCACAACGUAACAAUAGUAGACCAGACGAAUGCCAUAUUGAUCAAAACCUUACAGUCAAUUGAGAGAAGCAUGCAGAGAAUUGCCAAGAAGCAGUUUAAAGAUGAUGUUGAGGCGGGCAAGACAUUUGUUGCAGGAACCAUGUCUCGACUGAAGAUAAGUCUUGAUGUUCCUGGGUCUGUGGCUGAUGCUGACUUGGUUAUUGAAGCAAUUGUAGAAAACCUUAGGACCAAACACAAGCUGUUCACUGCACUCGACGAGGCAGCACCCCCUCAAUGUAUCUUUGCCACAAACACUUCUUCCAUACCUGUAGCUGAUAUCAGUAGUGUAACAAACAGACAUGACAGAUUUGGCGGAUUACACUUUUUUAACCCUGUGCCAGUCAUGAAGCUUGUUGAGGUUGUGCGCACCCAGCAGACAUCAGAUGACACUUUUAACACACUUUUAACAUUUGGGAAGAAACUGGGCAAGGUUCCGGUUUCAUGCAAGGAUACUCCAGGAUUUAUUGUUAAUCGCCUUUUGGUGCCAUACUUGGCUGAGGCUGUCAGGAUGUUGGAAAGAGGUGAUGCAAGCCCUAAGGAUAUUGAUACUGCAAUGAAGCUUGGAGCCGGAUAUCCCAUGGGACCUUUCGAGCUUGCAGAUUAUGUUGGACUUGACACAACACAGUUUAUCCUUAAAGGCUGGGAAGAGAAGUACCCGGAUGUUGAGCUUUUCAAAUGCCCCGAGUUUAUCAAGGAUCUUGUUGCUCGAAACAAGCUGGGACGAAAGAGUGGCGAGGGAUUCUACAACUACAAAAGCGUCGAUGAAAACUAGACUAGACAGUGUUAUCAUUUCCUGAACAGCUUUUGGAUAUAUCACUAAAUUUCGAAAUCACUGGCACCCUAAAACAUCUUUUGGAUAUAUUAUUAGAUUUCGAAUAUCACUGGCAACCUAAAACAGCUUUUAGAUAUAUCACUAAAUUUCGAAUAUCAAUGCAACUUAAAACAUCUUUUGGAUAUAUUUUUAGGUUUCGAAUAUCACUGGCAACCCAAAACAGCUUUUGGAUAUUAACUAAAUUUCGAUUAUCACUUGUACACAAUUGAAGGAUAAUACCCCAUGAAUCAACACGAAUUUGGGAGGACAAGUUAUUUUUUUACUCGUUAUCUUUCCCCCGAAAUCCGGUUAUCUGACUGACCUGAUUUAAUCUUAAUUGGUGUGGAUGGUUAUUUCGAAAAUAUCGUAAUUGAAAUUUAUUUCAAAAACAAUAACAAACUGUUACAUUGGACGCAGUGGAGUGAUCCUGUUUCUGUGUUUAAAUCAUAUUUUUGAAACGCCAGUUUACUAUAUAAUCGCUAGAAAUGGACUUAAUAUCUUUUUAACUCUUGUCGGCGAUUUCUAACAGCCUUAAUGGCCUUCUUGCUCCAGUUAUUCAAAAUCCUUAAAGCAGGUUUAUUGGGCGGCACUUCCAAUGGUCUCAAAUCACGCCACCUCAAGUAAAGCUCCGUUAGUGUGAAUGACAGAAGCCAGAAAUGUUUGCAGAAUUUUGAAAAUCGCAGUAAAUCAACCGCCACCAAAGGGUGAAUUUCAUAAUAAGCUAAAAGCUCGCUGUCUAGCAGAAAAAAAACUGUCAAAAAACUGCGUUUGUUGUGUGUGGUUUGGUUUUGUUUUAUAUAUAAACAUAUACAUGUGUUAGUGUUUUAACGUUAUUGAACUCUUCUCAUUAUCAUUUAUUUAAGUUUUGACAUUAAGCCUGGUUCACACAAGAGCGUAAGCAUAUAUAGAGCUAGCAUAAGCCCAACAUUGCAGUGUAGACUUUCAGUACAAGCUCUAGUUAUCGCUGAGGUCAGUGUGUUUUUUGUCUCUUUUAAUUUUUCUCUAUUACAACGUCGGUUGUGCUUGAACGCAAGUGUAGACCCGGCUUGAGGAAUCAAUAUGGCGCGUGCCAUGUGCUCACAAGUACAGUGAUGUACGAACCUAGACCCACUAAUUUCUUCGCGCUUCACAUAAAAAUGGUUUAGGGAUGGAUUUUGGUGUAUACCGUGAAAUAAAGUAAUUUAACUUUAAAA